AUGGCCGAGACUUGUAUAGUCUGCCUCGGCGACCUCGUCCCCCAAGACGAAGGCCCUAUCGCCGCCGAUUCGUCUUUUGCGACGCAUUCGGUUGAUGGUGCUGAUGGUGCUCAUCAACACAACGCCAACACCAAGAGCCGAAAGACGGCCUCCCAACCCGCCACCCCUGACGAUGAACUGGUCGCGCACCUACUGCCAUGUGGUCACGACCUGCACAACGAAUGCCUGAAGCCCUGGGUCGAGAGAGCAAACAGCUGUCCUAAGCUCUCGGAAUAUGCUGUCCGAGAUAAGCAGCAAGUAGCUGACAUCGAUCCGUCAAUGAUCGUCGACGACGAGGACCUCGGCCUCGAGGACGAUGGCAGCUAUGACGCGUGCAUGGUCUGCGACGAAUUCGGUGAUGCAUCCCAGCUGAUGUAUUGCCAUAGCUGUGAGCAGCUCUCGCACGUAUUCUGUGCUGGCCUCGACCGGAUGCCAUCGCGCGGCGCAUGGUACUGCCAGCCCUGCAUGGAGAGUGGCUUGGUGGAGUCCGCCUCCCUGCGGCGUCCACCUCCCCGAGGUCCUGCUGCCUGGAUCAACGGUCGCAGCCGAGUGCCUCGCCACAACAGAGGGCCCGAUGAAUGGGUUGGUGUGUGGCAGAGUGUCUGGGAUCGACUGCAGUUCGACAUCGAAUUUCCAUUUGAAGACGAAGAACAGUCAGAAAACCAGUCGGAGGUUUUGAGACGCGAAAAUCAUGAGUGGGACCGUCGCUUCGAGCUUGCGCGUCAGAUGGGCGCGGGCACUCGUUUUCGCGCAGCCGCCGACAACGUCCACAGCCGCCGGCGAGGGUCGAACCGUUCGUCACGACCCACCAAUCGCACACUCCAUCGCGAACCUCCAAAGACACCUCGAGACCCUGAGUCACAGGAGGAGAUCCGCGCAUGGAAUCAAUUCGAAAAGGCACGAGAGCAGCUUGCACAAGAUGAGGGAAAUGUGGCACCAAGCGUUGCAAGCACAACAACAAGCCGCCGCGGUGGCAGGAAGCGGAAGUCGAACGAUUCGCCUGCGUCCCCCGCCGAUUCUGAGCCCAGGGAGCCACAACCCGAACGCAAACUUAAACGCCCUCGCACACGCCUGCACUUGGAUAACGGCGAGUCAUCCGCAACGGCAGCUCGUCGCAAUACGGCCGCGUCCUCUGCAGUCCCGACAACAGCAUCGUCGCCACCUGCUGUCAAUGGCGAAGCAGCCUCAACUCCUGGCUUCUUACAGUCAUUGUUACAAGAAGUCGAGGUCAACCGCUUUGCAGAACGCGAGAAGGAGAUCGCCGCUCCCCAACCGCGACGUGUUAUUGUUGAGCGUGCCUGCUCACCCACAUCGCCAGGCUUGUCGCCCAUCUACCAAAAGGCCCAAGGCAUGAGCACUCCACCACCACUGAACCUCACCCGCUCCAAAUCGCCUGUGCAGCAGGACCAGCAGCGAUCUCCUACAUACUCUCCAUACUCGCCCGCCGACGAGGAGCGACUUGGUCGGCGCGCCAUCGCGCACCGCUCCGCUGGUCUCAGUAGCCCGCCUCGCUCCAAGGACUCGUCUCCAUCACGUCCCGCGCUGUCUUAUUCGACCAAAGCCGAACUCCAACGCAUGGUCACCGCAGUCCUCAAACCCGUGUACUUGAAGAAGGAAGUCACAAAAGAGCAAUACACAGACAUAAACCGCGACGUUUCGCGUCUUUUGUAUGAGAAGGUUGGAGAGGCAGGAGCCGAUGCCUUAACAGAUCAAGACACGCGGGAGAGGUGGCAGCAAAUGGCAGGCACCGAGGUCCAGAACGCCAUUGAGGCUCGUCGCGUCAGCAGCGCAGCGGCACUUUCGCCUGCAGCUGAUGACUCCGCUUCAUCCUCAUCGUAA